UUUUGAGACAUCGAAGUGCUAGGUUGCUUCUUUUGUUUUAUACUUAUAAUGUGUAUUGCUUUGUAGUCAGGUGUCUCGUAAUGAACGAUUUAGUAGAUCAGAAGUUUAAUAUACGUUUCCUACAGACUGUGGAGAAAUAUCCGAUUAUAUACGAUCCUAAAUUAAAAGGACGAAGUUAUGAAAUAAAACAAUGGAUACAGUGCGCAGAUAGAGCGUGGAAUGAAAUUGCAAAAGAAUUGAAUUGCGAUCCACUGCCAUUGAAGAAAAAAUGGAAAUAUUUCCGUGGUAUUGCAACGAGCAAAGUAAGACAAGAGAAAAUGGGUCAAAAAGCUCCUCCAUAUUAUUUACACGAUUACAUAAAAUUUUUAUAUCCGUUUUUGCAAACGACACGCCGGCCUAUAGCGUUUAAUAAAAGGCUUACGAAGGAGGAUGUUGCUGCUAAUCAAUUUGGAACCGGCCACGAACAGAAUGUAGAUGGAAAUGCAGAUACUGAAGUAAUGGAUGAGAUAGAUCAAGACCCAUUAUAUUGUGAUUCUGACAGUGACAUUGCCUCAGCAAAUUCAAGCGGAUUAUUAACAGACCCAGAAGAGAAACGUAAAUCUGUUGUUACCUCAACUUGCGCUGGAAAUGCAGAUCGUGAGCAAUUAACGAGUAUUGAAUAUGCGAGAAAACAGUUUUUGUACAGUCUAUUACCAGAUCUCAAUCAAAUGACGAACUCACAAAUGCGGCAUUUCAAGUACAAAGUUUUAGAAUUGAUUGACAAUAUUUUGAAAACAAAUGAAACCUGAUCCAGUGACACAACUUGUUUGUAAAUUAAAAAAAUUAAUAAAAUAAAUCAGUUAUAGCCAUCAAUAAUAGCAGGAUUACAUGACAGUUUUUACUCUGUUUUCUUCAGCAUUAAAAUACCUGAAGGGAGUUUUAAUCGAUUUUGUCUGCUGACUGUAUUAUUGCUGCCAUUUAAUUGUACAUCACUCACGGAAUAUUGUUGGAAUCAAAAUCAUAUUAUCGAAAAGUUGUUUGUCUAAGCACUGAAUACAAGAACCUUUUCGAAGAUGUCACUCUAUACCGUGAGGGUUUAUAGCAAAAUUAUUCAAAAACAUGUCGACUCAACUAUCACAACUUAUUUUACAAGAGUACCAAGCAAAACAAAAGUUAAAACACCAAUGAAACUUGCAAGAGAGAAGCAAAUACUGCGUUGGACUUUAAUUAGGAAAAAGUCGGACAUAUAAAUUACUAAAUUUGGUGAACAAGAUUGUAAAUCUGUUGAAAACAAUGCGUGCAGACUGGCAGGAGGCAACAUUUCGUCGUACACAUAGAAAGUUUGGUUACGAUUUUGCUAAAUCAUCCUCGAUGAUUUUCCUGAACCCAUCGGGUACGAUCUCUGGAUUGUUAAAUAAAAUAUCGCCAACUUAA